AUGGCAUCACCUACCGAGAAUGGCGAGUAUCAUCCGCUGAAUCCGGAGAGGCCCUAUUCACCUCACACACCAAAGAUCUCAAGCCCCUUGGCGAUUGUGGAAGCACCAUCGCCAAGUACGAGACGCCGUCCGGGGUAUGCGAGGCUGCCAACUACUUCUGUUGGACUUGACAGGACUUCCGAGAUGGACGACCAAAGACCUUACGAGCGUGAAGGGCUGGGCAUCACUCUGGCUUCAACAUCACAAGGCAAACCUCGAAGGCAUGACAUGCAGACACCGAGCCGCGAACAACGAUACGAUGACUCCCCAGACGUGACAAUGUCACCACCAUCCACCGGCGGCUUCUCUGGAAGCACUUUCUUCGACUCACCCCGAAAUUUCGAUACUGCAUACCACGGUUUGAAACCUCUACCAAAGCCAUCGGGCUCCUCACUGCGAUCGAGCGCCCAACCAUCACUUUACCCUCAAUCAGAGACUGGUCUCCUCUCGAUACGAUCCAGAUACGACGACUUCGAGCCUAGAGAACACUGCCGCAGCCACAAGCCAGUCGUGCGAAAAUGGUUCUCCAAGACGAUCUUCUAUCUCUCGAUUUGCAGCACCGGGAUGUCAGCGGUCUUCGUUGGUACAGUAAUUGUUGCUCCACGGUACGGAAGAUAUGUCACUACCAAUGGUCUACUCAAAGCUUCAUCAGCUGCCACUCUAACAACGUCAAUUGCUAAGCUGAUUGAGCUGUCAUUCAUCACAGUACUGGUUGCAUGCAUCGGUCAGAUACUUGCCCGCCGAGCAUACAAAUUGGAAAGUGGUUCUGGGGUUACGCUUGCCGAAAUGAGUAUGCGCAGCUGGAUUGUCCAGCCUGGAACGAUGCUCACGCAGUGGCAGAGUGUCCGCUAUGCCGGGAUUACUUUCCUUGGCGUUGUGUCGCAUGUGGGAGCUCUCUGCGCAAUGCUAUAUGCUCCGGCGGCCACGGCGUUGGUACAACCACAGCUCAAGUGGGCGAACUGGCAAACCUCAGGUCAUCGUAGUUGCAAGACACCCAUUCAGCAAGGCUAUGAUAGCGACUCGGCGACCACUUGCCUCCAGAUGGAGCAUGCAACGAUGGGCUAUCACAAUUACUUCAGCUAUUUGAAUACGUGGACGACUGCCCUCAACAAUGGGACGAACACUUCGGAUCCGAGUCUGCGGCCUAUGGGAUACGCUCUUCUGUCAGAUAAUACGACCAUAACCGCGCCGUGGAUCGAACAAACCGAUGUCGCGCAACUACAAAGCCAAUACGGCCUGGUGAUCAAUAACAUCAGCAUGGCUAUGCCACAUCCUGGCGUCAUCCAGGCUGCCAUCGAUUCGAAGAACAGCAUCCUGCAGCCCGGAAAUUUGGACGGUCUUGGUGUCUACAACAUUCGCGCCUCCGUGCCUUCGCCCGUUGUACAUGUUCUCUGUGUCACUCUCACGCAAGAUCAUAUCCGGCCUUUCGUGUAUGAGUUGUGGGAGAACGUCACUAGUCAAGUUGACAUGACUGCCUGGCCACAGCAGCUCGGCAAUUACAGCGGCUACGAUGCAUAUCUUGGUGGAACAGAUCUUGACGAUAUCUUCCGCUGGGGUGAAAAGUACGGUGCUACAACAUGGCCUCCAGUCUUCGGGAAGGCUCCUAUCGACUACAAUACCAUAAUCAAUGACACAAUACAUGUUGCUGCUUACGGGAGAGAGGCAAUAUAUCUUCUUGGGAAAGGUGGUCCCACUGAUUCCCCUUGGAAACGCUAUGGAGGAUCAGAGAUACGCUCUGUGCCAAAUACAAGCUAG